GAUGCCUUUCAGUGGUAACAAUCAUUCUCCAUCUUGCCCCUGACAUACCCACGUAUUUACUUUUGUAUCGUUUAAUCGUUCAUCUAAUCUGACUCUAUCAUCGUAAGAUCGUUCAUGCUCCGAGCCCAAAGUUUGAUACACGUUCAUUUCAGGGUUUGAUUGAUAGGGUACAAUAAAGGUUGUGAUUGCGGUGUUUGGUUUUGGGGAAUAUUUGUUUGGAGUAAUUUGAAAUGGAAUCAUCGAAUCAGACCCCUGAGUUUGAUUACUUGUUCAAGUUGUUAAUGAUUGGAGAUUCUGGCGUUGGAAAAAGUAGUCUUCUGUUGACUUUCACUUCUGAUACGUUUGAAGAUCUCUCACCCACAAUAGGUGUUGAUUUCAAGGUGAAAUAUGUUAACAUUGGGGGAAAGAAGCUGAAACUUGCAAUCUGGGAUACUGCUGGUCAGGAGAGAUUCCGAACAUUAACAAGUUCAUACUACAGAGGUGCUCAAGGGAUUAUUAUGGUUUAUGAUGUUACACGGCGAGAAACAUUUACAAAUCUUUCUGAUAUAUGGGCAAAGGAAAUUGACUUAUACUCAACAAAUCAAGAAUGCAUCAAGAUGCUUGUUGGAAACAAAGUUGACAAGGAAGGUGAAAGGGUUGUGACGAAGAAAGAGGGACUAAACUUUGCCAGGGAAUGUGGAUGCCUUUUUAUUGAAUGCAGUGCUAAAACUCGUGUCAAUGUACAGCAAUGCUUUGAGGAGCUUGUUUUAAAGAUUUUAGAUACACCUAGCCUCUUAGCGGAGGGAUCAAAAGGAUUGAAAAAGAACAUUUUUAAACAAAAGCCACCAGAAGCUGAUGCAGCCACAGCAAGCAGUUGUUGCUGAUUCUACGUUGCAUUUCUCAUCCAUGGAAAAAUCAUUUAUUUUAUUCUUGUUGUAAUGGAACUGCACAUUUAUAUGUAAUAUAGUGAUGCUGUGAUACUUGCUAA